AUGGCUGGAACUAGUCGCAUGUUGAUGGCGCCGUUGACGGUGAACACUGAGAUGAAACGUGGUAAUGCUUCUGCCGCUUCGUCUGCUUCGCGCGAUAUGCCGACGCACAAGAAAGAUGAUUUCGGCAACGCUCUAUCGGCACCGUUAUCCUCAAAUAGCGAACGAUCAAAUUCAACAAUGAAUGAUUGGAAAUGGCGACGAAAAUCAUUCAAUGAAGCGUCGCCAACAGAUGAUCGAAUUCAACUUCCAAAUGAAAAGCAACUGAACAGGGCACUAGAUCUCAUCAAAACAGCCACUGAUCAACGCUUAUCGAGAGAUUCGUCGAUGCAGCCGUCUCCAUCACCCAAAAUUUCGUCAUCAUCGAAGUUUGUUACCAUU